GGUGGCCUGUUACUCAGCCGUUUCCGGAGCAGCGGCGGUAGCGGCGGUGGAGGAGUGGGUUUCGACGUUAACUAAGAAGGGACCUCGGGAGCCUGAGCCCCGGCUAGGAGACGUAACACCCCCCCUCCCCACAUCCGGGUCCCGUUGCCUCCAGCUCCGGGUCUCCGGUUACGCUUGAACCGAGGCAACUUCGCAGCCACCUCGCCGCCUGCAAGGCCUGAAAGGCUAGCGGCUUGGCCUGUGCUUUGGGCCACUCCAGCAGCGGGGCCGCGGAGCCUGUCACAGGCCGCAGCUCCGGGACCAGAAGAAACUUCUCGCAAUUUUAAUUUUAAAGAGAAGAGACAUAGCACUUUUAGAAGAACCCUGAGGGAAACCUCUGGUUAGAGGACAUGAUCUGCAGAAGGAUCUAGCAAAGGAGACAGAGAAGCUGACAACCCUAGACUCCAGCAAGAUGGCACAAUGGAACCAGCUACAGCAGCUUGACACGCGGUACUUGGAGCAGCUUCACCAAUUGUACAGUGACAGCUUUCCCAUGGAGCUGCGGCAAUUCCUGGCUCCCUGGAUAGAGAGCCAAGACUGGGCAUAUGCUGCCAGUAAAGAGUCACAUGCCACCUUGGUCUUCCACAACCUCUUGGGUGAGAUUGACCAGCAAUACAGCCGCUUCCUUCAGGAGUCAAAUGUCCUCUAUCAACACAACCUGCGGAGAAUCAAGCAGUUCCUACAGAGCAGAUAUCUUGAAAAGCCAAUGGAGAUUGCCAGGAUUGUGGCUCGGUGCCUGUGGGAGGAGUCUCGUCUCCUUCAGACAGCAGCCACAGCUGCCCAGCAAGGAGGGCAAGCCAACCACCCCACAGCUGCCGUGGUGACAGAAAAACAGCAGAUGCUGGAACAACACUUGCAGGAUGUGAGGAAAAGAGUCCAGGAUCUGGAACAGAAGAUGAAAGUGGUGGAGAAUCUCCAGGAUGACUUCGAUUUCAACUACAAGACGCUAAAAAGUCAAGGAGACAUGCAAGAUCUAAAUGGAAACAACCAGUCGGUGACUAGGCAAAAGAUGCAGCAGCUGGAGCAAAUGCUGACUGCCCUCGACCAGAUGCGGAGGGGAAUUGUGAGUGAAUUAGCCGGGCUUCUUUCAGCCAUGGAGUAUGUGCAGAAGACUCUCACAGAUGAGGAACUGGCUGACUGGAAGAGGAGACAACAGAUUGCUUGUAUUGGAGGUCCUCCCAACAUCUGCCUGGAUCGCCUAGAAAACUGGAUAACUUCCUUAGCUGAAUCUCAGCUGCAGACCCGUCAGCAGAUAAAGAAGCUGGAGGAAUUACAGCAGAAAGUCUCCUACAAAGGUGACCCCAUCGUCCAACACCGACCUAUGCUGGAAGAGAGAAUUGUGGAGCUCUUUAGGAAUUUAAUGAAAAGUGCCUUUGUUGUAGAACGGCAGCCCUGCAUGCCUAUGCAUCCUGAUCGGCCCUUGGUCAUCAAGACAGGUGUUCAGUUCACUACCAAAGUCAGGUUAUUGGUCAAAUUUCCUGAAUUAAACUAUCAACUUAAAAUUAAAGUAUGCAUCGACAAAGACUCUGGUGAUGUCGCGGCAUUAAGAGGAUCCCGGAAGUUCAACAUUCUGGGAACAAACACAAAAGUGAUGAACAUGGAGGAGUCUAACAAUGGUAGCCUCUCUGCAGAGUUCAAACACUUGACCCUGAGGGAGCAGAGAUGUGGCAAUGGGGGCCGGGCCAACUGUGAUGCCUCUCUGAUAGUGACUGAAGAACUUCAUCUCAUCACCUUUGAAACAGAAGUUUACCAUCAGGGCCUAAAGAUCGACUUGGAGACACACUCCUUACCAGUAGUGGUAAUCUCUAACAUCUGUCAGAUGCCAAAUGCCUGGGCUUCAAUCCUUUGGUAUAACCUGUUGACCAAUAACCCCAAGAACGUUAACUUCUUCACCAAGCCUCCUAUCGGGACAUGGGAUCAAGUUGCUGAGGUGCUAAGCUGGCAGUUUUCCUCCACCACGAAGCGUGGCUUGAGCAUUGAGCAGUUGACCACACUAGCAGAGAAGCUUUUAGGACCUGGUGUGAAUUACUCAGGGUGCCAGAUCACAUGGGCCAAAUUUUGCAAAGAAAACAUGGCUGGCAAAGGUUUCUCCUUCUGGGUUUGGUUGGACAACAUUAUCGACCUGGUGAAAAAGUACAUUUUGGCAUUGUGGAAUGAAGGGUACAUAAUGGGCUUCAUUAGCAAGGAACGAGAGAGAGCCAUCCUGAGCACGAAACCCCCUGGGACCUUCCUGUUGAGGUUCAGUGAGAGCAGUAAAGAGGGAGGCAUCACCUUCACCUGGGUGGAGAAGGAUAUUAGUGGCAAGACCCAGAUCCAGUCAGUGGAACCAUACACAAAGCAGCAGCUGAACAAUAUGUCCUUUGCUGAGAUCAUCAUGGGCUAUAAAAUCAUGGAUGCUACCAACAUCCUGGUGUCUCCCCUGGUCUAUCUCUACCCUGACAUUCCCAAGGAGGAGGCAUUUGGGAAGUAUUGCCGGCCAGAGAGCCAGGAGCAUCCUGAAGCUGACCCAGGUAGUGCUGCCCCAUACCUGAAGACCAAGUUUAUCUGUGUGACCCCAACGACCUGCAGCAAUACCAUUGACCUGCCGAUGUCCCCCCGCACUUUAGAUUCAUUGAUGCAGUUUGGAAAUAAUGGUGAAGGAGCUGAGCCCUCAGGAACAGGGGGACAGUUUGAGACCCUCACGUUUGACAUGGACUUGACUUCUGAGUGUGCUGCAUCCCCCAUGUGAUGGGCUAAGAAUGGAACUACAGAAUGAUGUAACUGAGGCACCUAAACCCCACCCCAUCCCUUCCAAAAAGAAACCCCAAACCCAACAACCAAAUCCCAGAUCAACUGAAACUUGUACCUUUGUGACUACAGGUCAUUUUCUUGGAUCUCCUGCUUCUCAUUUAUCCUUAAGUGAUUAGGGUACCUUUCUCCUAGAGAAAUGAGUGCUUCUAGGUUAUAUGGUAUUAACCAAACAGAAGUCAAAUAGUUCAUUCUUUAAGUCUAUGGUUGUUUGGGUGGGAGUGUGGGGGGUGGGGGAGGCAGGAGGGAGAAGAAAGGACUGUACUUUGAUUCUCCCCUGCUAACAUUCUUCCUCAAUAAUUAUUUGGGGAUUUUUGUGUGUGUUCUGGGUUUUUCUGUUUUGUUUUUUUGUUUUGCUAGACAAGUGCCUACUGGUGCCAGCUGCAUCCAGUGCCUGUUUUGUAAGUUAAUGCUCCAGGCUGUAUCUGACUGCAUGCUGCCAGCACCUGCUGCACCUAUUAUCUUGCUAACAUCCAAAUAGAAGUGAGGACUUUUUAAUCCUCUAGGUUUCUUUUUAAACCGGGAAAAGUUAAAAUCAAAAGGAAAGAAACCCCACUCUGUCCUGUAUCAAAGCUUUUAAAAAAAUGUAUUUAAGAUUCCUCGGAGACUUCUUCCAGGUAAUCAGCAAUCCCAGAUGGCAAUCUCUCCUUAAAUUCCUAAAGUGAGUUCAUCGAAUUCGUUCGUUCAUUCAUCCAUUCAACAAACAUGCUCAGGGUGCUGGGGACACAAAGGGAAAAUCUGACAUGAUCCCUGCCCUCAAGGAGUGUACUGUUGAUUACCUCAAAAUGGCAGCUGAAGCUCUGGAGCAAUCGCUUGGCCUUUAAAACAGACAUUUUUAAAAAUUUUCUUUGGUAAAUCUUUUUAUUCCCUUUGCUGCCUCUUGGCCCCACGGCUUUAGUUUCUGGUUCUGAGCUUGGUUGUUAGGGUGCCUUAUUUGGGCUGGAGGGAUUCUUCCCUCCUCAGUCCAUAUGACCCUCCUGGCAACAUGUCCUCCUCUUCCCUUCUGGUUCCUCAGCAUCUAAAUCCUGUUGCUUUAGGAAUCCUGGUCUUGGAGCCUUGUGAAAUCAGCAUAUAAAAGAGCUGUGGGUGCCAGCAAUAGUGUCAGGCCAUGAGCCUCACAAAGUGCCCUGUUGGUUUCAGGGGACGUGGCUCUCUCAGGUUCUUGAAGGUUUUCAGCACUUAUUUCACUUUUAACAUAGAGUGGAGACAUACAGAAUCAUAGAAUGUUCCAGCGCAAAGGAAUUUUAGGAGACUUUCUGCUAAGGCCAGAGCUCCUACUUUGAUUGGGCCUGUGUCCCAUGGCUUUCCCCAAACCUGGGGGUGAGUCAGAGGUCCCUUUUUUGGGCCUGGGAGGCAGCAGGAAGACCCCACCUCUUGACUGGCCUUAAAUUGUUCUCAGGCCUCUUCUGGUGCUUCUCUUUUUGCCUUCCUAGUAUUAGCCAGCCAGAUGAUGUGCACAUUUGUAGUAUUGUCCCAGGUGCUUUCUUAAAGAGCAUUUAGGUCCCGUCUGCUCCAGAGGCAGCGGCUUGGGAUAUGAGGACCUUGAAGAGUCUGUUCUUAGUUGUUUCCUACCCUCUGUCAAUCCCCAAAGCAGCCUUUGAGCUGAAUGGGGAGACUGAUAUCCCUCAGAGCACUACAGUAGUUGCUCUUGGUCUGAUUCGUCUUUGUGAUGGGAUGGAGCACCUUGAUCAUGAAGGCUGGAAAACAGGGCUGUGCCAGAGAGAGUCUCGGUUGCUAUUUUGCAGUGUGGGGCUGGAGGAGAGAUGGAAGACUCAGUGCCUGGGGGGGGGGGGGGGCGCGGCAUUUAGCAUCGAUGAUUUUAAGUAGCAUGUGUCUUUCUGUUUCUAAUUCUUGUGAUGACAAAAGCAGUGAAAGAAAUUGAAACUUAAUUUACCAUUUCCUCCAUUUAUUUCUUUCCAGAACAGUACCUUGAGUAGGUCUGCUGCCCUUCUCAAAACCCUUUCAAACUCCCCUCCCCCCUCAUCAUGCCCCCAAGGGGCUUCCCUCUUAUCAGUUCAUCUUGUACAUUGGUUCUGUUUGUAAAACAACCUCUGAGCUGCUAACCUAGUCCUCCUUGCAUUCUGACUCCAGUGUAUACUUCAUACUGUAAAAAUAAAGUUGGGUUUUUGUAUAUUUUAUUGCUGUAUCUAUCUGCUUUUAACUUCUAGAAAUAAACAUUUUAAAGCAA